AUGAGAAUUGUACCAUUUUUCGCUGCUUUGGCAUUCUAUAUAUGCUUUUCCCUUGCAAACACAGAGUCGAUAGUCUUUAAGGUGCCGGAUACGUUUUCACCUGCGCCCCAGCCAAUCGCCGAUGAGAAUGAGCCAUUGAUUUCGCUAGAGGGAACCAACAGAGCACUGAAGACAUUCGAUGCCCCUGUUGACUCUCAAUUUGACAUCGAGUUAAGGGAUCUAUCUCCUGGAGACACCUUUUUUGCCAAAAUAUGUUGGACAGCAGUAGAUCCUAUAGACAUCACUUCUUUGGGCUACUCUAUAAAACCAGACUAUACAGCGAGGGGCGGGCAUUGGCAAGAUGCGCCUUUAAGGUUUUUCCUUUCUUUUGAGGCCAAAUCAAACUCAUAUCCUCUUUUUUCCAAACCCACGGUCCCUAUAAACAUCUCAGUCUCGGCCAUGCGGAUGGGCGUGCCAGUAGACUUGCAUGCCACAAUCAUAUUCAUGACAUUACUGACCGGGUUAAUAUUUAUUAUCAAUCGGCAUUACAAGCUUUAUAAUCGCUUUAAAAACGUUUGA